UUCAGGAAGACUGAGUUGAAAAAUAGAAUUGAAAACUCAAAAUCCAUCUCUUCAACCACGUACUGGCCAAGUUUAUUUUUUAUUUUUAACAACUUUGUAAAUUCAGUCAAUUGGGGUGAAUAUGUCUGAAUCUGAGAUCAUGACCGACAACGCUGACUUAAAAAAGGUGGACCCCAAUGACUCAUCGAUGCAGGAACCAAGUGUGUCCCACAUGGAUCUGCAGAAUGCCCUGGAGGAAUGCUCCACCGCCCUUGAAUAUUUCCUCAACAAUCGCUUCUCCGAAGCCCUCGAUCUGCUCAGACCCUGGAAGGAUGACAGCAUGUACCAUGCCAUGGGCUACAGCAGCAUCCUGGUCAUGCAGGCCGGCAUGACCUUUGACCCGAGCGACAUGGAGCUGGCCAUGGUGGCACUGAAGGAAGCAUUGCGGACCUGCCAGAAGUUCAGAAAACGAAGCAGCAUCGCGGAGACCAUCACCUACUACUGGUACAAACAGCCGUCUGAUAACCUGACUGAAGAGGAGAUGCACGCUGAGCUGUGCUAUGCUGAGGUGCUGCUACAGAAGGCGGCUCUCACCUUCCUGGACGAGAGCUUCAUCAGCUUCAUCAAGGGAGGGAUCAAGAUACGAAACAGCUACCACAUCUUCAAGGACUGCCAGGUGAUGUCUAAUUUCAACAAAAUUGAGCACAUGAGAAGCCACGCCCACUUCAGAGGUGGAGUCAACAUGGGCAUCGGGUCCUUCAACCUGAUGCUGUCUCUCCUGCCAGCCAGGGUCCUCAGGCUCAUGGAGUACCUGGGCUUUAAUGGAGACCGGGAAGUAGGUCUGUCCCAGCUGAGAGAGGGAGCAGCCAAUGGCAGCUUGCGAUCCAUUCUCAGUACCCUCACCCUGCUCAUGUUCCACCUCUACAUCACCGUCAUCCUAGGUACUGGUGAGACAAACCUGACAGAGGCAGAAGCUCUCCUUGAACCUUACAAGAGCAAGUUCCCGAACGGGGCUCUGAUCCUCUUCUACACCGCCAGGAUCGCCGUGCUCAAAGGAGACUUCACGUUCGGCCAGGAGAAGUUCCUGGCGUGUAUCGGGACCCAGCAGGAGUGGAGGCAGAUCCACCACCUGUGCUACUGGGAGCUGAUGUGGGCUCACUGCUUCCAGCAGGACUGGCUGGAGGCCUACCGCUACGCUGACCUGCUCUGCAAGGAGAGCAAGUGGUCCCAGGCCAUCUACGUGUUCCAGAAGGCGUCCAUUCUGAGCAUGCUCCCUGAGGAGGCAAGGCAGAAGACUGGGGAGGACGUGGAGGAGUUAUUCAGGCAGGUGGAGGGGCUGAGACUGAGGUUUGCUGGGAAGUCCAUCCCUACGGAGAAGUUUGCUUCCAAGAGGGCGGCACGCUACUCUGCCCAGCCCCCUAUCAAGCUGGUCAUCCCUGCUCUGGAGAUGAUGUACGUGUGGAACGGCUUCACCAUCGUGGGCCAGAGGGCCGACCUGACGGAGAACAUCCUGGCCACCAUCCAGGAAGCCGAGGACGCCCUCAGAGACCAGCCCAAUCCCUCCGUCCACCAUGUGGACGACCAGUGUGUGGUGCAGCUGCUGAAGGGGCUGUGUCUCAGACACCUGGGACGCCUGGACCAGGCCGAGGCCUGCUUCAGCCUCGUGCUCUCCAGUGAAAGCAGGAUCAAGUAUGACCACCACCUGGUUCCCUUCACCAUGUAUGAGCUUGGCCUGCUGUACCAGAAGCAGGGGAACCAGGAGAAGGCUGUCACCUUCAUACAGAACGCCAAGCUCAACUACAAAGACUAUUCAAUGGAGUCCAGGCUACAUUUCCGUAUCCAUGCGGCACUCAACAACAUGGGCCCCAAGACCCCCAAACAGAAGAGGACAUCUGCCUUAGAGUAACGGCUCCUGACCCCCCGACUCAGAGACACGGAUGUGAUGGACACGACUUAUGAACCCUCUGUCAUUUCAUAGUGGGAGGAAAGAGACUGUCGAUGUGAAAGAAUUGAAUGCGAGUCAGUGCUGUCUCCAGGAGGAAGCUGCAGAGAGUGUCUCCAGGUGUGUUUGCACAUCUGUUGUCUUUAGAUAUGACGCGUCAAACCCAGAAAUGAUUUAUCAGUACAGGUGGAGGAUAUACAUGGAAAACAAACAGGUGGCCCAUUCACACCAGUCAUUCAUCCACACUCACAUUACCCUGAUGAAUAUAGGACAGGGGGCCCAGAUCAUUUAGAAUGUUUUACAUUUGUAUUUUAUUCUAAGUUUGGUUGGUCUGGUCGGUUUCGGCUUGAGGCUUUUCGGAGAGUGACGUCUAUUCCCAUAUAUUGUGUGUGUGCUAUCAGACAUAUUGUAUUGGAACUUGAUCUUUGAAAUACAUUAUAUUCACUGCAGCCAAUCUGUCUUUGUUAUUUUUGACAAACGUGUAAUGUGUGAAAAGUCCAGUACCAGUUCCACCACAUAUAGUACACAUGCAACACAGAAUCAGAAUGACAAAUCGACAGUUGAUCUUUAGCACUAAAUGGGUCUGCCAGCGGCGGAUUCAACAUUCUCAAAAUAAAGACUCAUC